AUGACUGACAUUUUUAAAAGAAUAUUGUCAAAACUGCACGUCAAAGAGCCUCAUUGCCUUAUCUGUGUGACCCCUGACGACAAGGCACAUGGAUCCUUUCAGGAAUAUCGGAAGGCUAAACCAGGCUCAGAUUUUCCUUGGAUAUUUGCAUAUAGGCCUAUAAGAAGCUGCCACAGAGUACUGAAGGACAAGUAUGGGGAGUUUUCUCCUCCAGCAUACUGUGGUGAUUCUCCAACAAACUUUUGGUGUGACUGGACAAUCUGGGCAGGCUUCAGAAAGCAUAUAAUAAUUUAUAUUCAGGGUUUUAUCACUGAGGAGGAUUGCAACAUAAAUGAAGACAAAAUCCUAUUUGAAGGAGUUUCUUCACUGGUGGAAAACAGCGUGGUUUAUGCUUGCUGGAAAAAGGAGACUCAUGUUUUUGCCACUUUUGCUCAGGCUGUCCAUGUUGUGUUGCUGAAGAGAUAUUUGCCAGACUGUAGAGAGAGACAAUUUAAAGGGAAGUACUACAUGUUCCAAGACCAGAAAGAUGAAUCUUCCUCUAAAGUUGAUGUUAUUUCUGAAACUCCUGCUCCAAAAUUACCAAAGCAAGAUAGUAUUUUUUGGUCCAGAUGGACUGAAGAAUUUAGAGAUGUGCGGGACUUUGUGACCACACAUAGCCCUGUGAGCCUUGGCAAGACCCCAGGUUUGACUGGUGGGUUGUUGCAGGGAAGCGGAAGCAUGCUGGAUACUACAGCUGUGGGAAGUCCUGUUGAGCUUGUCACAUAUGAAGGUGCAAGGACACUGCUCAUGGAAACAAAAACUCCUUGUAUAUGGCGGUCUGAGCUGCAAGGAGGUACAAGGUACUUCAAGGAAGCUCAAGGCAGUGGAACACUUUGGGGCAUAAUCCCCACUGCAGAGCAGGAUACCUGGAGUCAGAGUCUCUCCGUGAGUGGGGACAUCACUAUGGGGUUUGGUUAUAUGCACGGGCUUUCAAGUGUGCUUUUGGAAACUCCUUUGCUUGAUGCCUUGCAGGUAGCAGAGCCUUUUUUGCAGCAGGCAGAUGUGGGUCUGGAGGACAGGCAGGCUGUUCUGCACCCUUCCCUGAGGCCAAGACAUCUGGGAGACCUACAGUUUACAAUUAAACCAACAUCCACAAGUUGCCUGGAUUUGACUGCGUUCUCACAGACUUUGUUGCCUGGGAGAAGAGAAAGCACAGAGAGCAGAGAUACCACCAUGUGCGUAGAGCUCAGCCCAUUAAGUUUAGAGAAGUAUCAAAGCCAUUCCCAGUCAAGUGUCCUGGCUGAUGUCACAGUAAGCAGUCAUAUUGAUGGCCUUGCAAAGGGCUUGAUGUCUAGCCUGAGUAGUCUAUAUGAAGUGGUAGAUGGGGAUCACUCACAGCUGCUGCCUGAGACAGGCCAAGGAUGGCAAAGCAGUUUUGGGGAUUUGUCCGUGACUCAACAUGAGUUGGGAACAACUGAUCUCCAACAUACAAAACUCAUGGAUAUUUCCUCCCUGGAACAUUUUAGGGGAGCUUUUGAGAGGAAAACCAUGAUACGGCAAGAUGCAACACUGGACAUCUUCCAAGAGCAUCCUCAUUUGUGUGUUCAGAGCAGUCACGUCCUGCAUUCAGAUCCCACAGACCCUGGGAGCCUUUCCCAAAAUGCCCAAGGAUAUGACCGUCCAGCUACUGAGGAAGCUCGUGUGUUGUCCUUGGGUGUAAAAAGCUGCCACCACCACAGUGGCCGAGCUGCACAGCCAGGGCUGGUUGUACCCACUUCACCAACAGGGCUGGAGCAUGCUCCCACAGCCAAGUCCACCAAGACAGAAACUAUCCAUGUGCCCGUGGUUUCCUGCACAGAACCAGUACCUGCAGGCUUCAGCUCUACUGAUUUCACCUCCCAAGCACCUCUUCCUCCAGAAGUGAAGGCUGUGUCCCCCAUUGUCUUCUCUUCAGCUUUGGAUUUGGACCACAUCAGCCUCGGGCAAAGGGCAGGAGUCUCACUGACUAGCCCAGGAGAACAGGAAAUGGUCUCCCCUUCCCCAUCUCACCAUCUACCAGCAACCUCUGAACCAGGCAUUGAUGAGUCCCCUGGAUGUCUUGGCCCUGGGAUGCAAAAACUGGCACUGGAGGAGGCAGGUGGCCAACAAGCAGAAACUUCAGCCCCUGUGGGCUUGGCAGCUAGGAGUUCCUCCCCAGCUUCUGUCACCAGCCCAAACCUUGGUGUGGGGCUUCCUUGGCCUGAGGAUUAUGCAAGCAGUGGCUCUGGGGUGGCACCAGCACCCAGGCCUGGCAUCUGGGGACCGAGGAGAGAGGAGCACAUGGUGCCUUUGCAGCAUCAGGGCACAGUUGCUAGUUAUGAACUGGUGUCUGCCUCCAUCCUUGAGGAAUUUAAAGUGCAGAAAACCACAGAAGCUCUCCGAGCAGGUGCGGGACAGCAGAGAAAUGCCUCCUUCAGUGUCACUUCUACACACCCUGGUCCUUCUGUGGCCCACAGGAUAGAAACGGUGUCAAGAGGCCAAAAGUCUCAAGAGCCGUCUGAUGAUCCUCUUUCCAGAAAUAUCCGUAUGCCAGGAGGACAGGAAUGGAAACAUGCUGGUGUCCCUUACUCUGAGGUGCCCAGUAGCAACACACGUGCCUCUGCCAAAUCAUCUAGCCUGGAUCAGGCCAGUGACAGCCUGUCUGGGGAAGUGGUCACAGCUGCACACUGCGUGCAGACACCAGUGCUGGAAGACCCACCACUAAACACAAGUAUAACACCUUUUCCUCUCUACCCAUCUCCUGGCAUGACUGCUGGACAUGUGGUGUCUCCUGGAAUAAGGAAUGAAGAGUUCUUUGAUCUGGUUUCUGCUCUGGCAUCUUCGGAGAAUGACACCGCACUGCAAUCCCAGCACCAUCCUGGAGAUGUGCUGUUUGAAGUAACUAUUGAAGUCAAACUCAAGGACUGGAUUCCUCGUGGUGGAUGUGAGCUCAAAAAGAGCCUUCUUGAAUCUAUGAAGAACAAUAUCCAGGAGAACCUGAAACUGUCUGCCAACAGAGUCAAUGAAAUAAAGUUAAAGGAAAUCAAAAGGACAAGUGAUGCUAACCUCCUGCUCACCUUCUGGCUACACCUGAAGCCAGAGGAGAGAAAUAUGUCUCUGCUCCUGCACUCCCAGCUGGAAGAGCUGCUUGGCACCUCGGUAGGAGUGAAGAAGCCGCAGCUUGUUUCACUGUUCGUUGAAGAUGUGAAUGAGUGCAGUGCUGGGGUUGGCCUCUGCGGGGAGGAGGCAGAGUGCUUCAACAGCGUGGGCACGUAUCUCUGCCGCUGCAAAAAAGAUUAUGAAGAUCAUUCACCCACCAAGUCUGGCACCCUCUGCAUCCGUGCUCCUCGAUCAGGGAUUGGCUUCUUCCUCCGUCAUGCUGACAUACUAGUCGGGGCAGCCAUCACUUCUGGCCUAGUGAUGCUGGUGGCUGCUGGUGCCCUGUGCAGGGCAUCCAGGCGCAGACAGUACACCAGGAGGAGCCUAAGUCCUGAGGAGCCACCAGUGAGGGCUGCAGAGGAGCCAGCAAUGGAGCUGCAUGACCUGGGGGAAUGCCUGCGCCUUGACCCUUUCCAGCUGAAGCUGCGGGCCAGGCCCCCUGAGUGGCUGUGGGGUGCCCGGACCUACCCUGGCCAGGCGUACCAGGUCUUCCUGGAGCAAUCACCCCAACCCUGAGGGGGGACCCCUGGAUCCUCCACCCUCUGCAGCCUUCGUGACCUGCACAGCCAGCCAGUCCUGUCUUCCCCAGUGGACAAAGCUACCUGCUGUGCAAACCAAAUGUUUUUUAUGGACGAUGAACAUCCCGCCACAGUCAUCUUUAUCUUAUCAUAUAACCUCUUUUUUUACUACUUGUUCAGUUAAUGAAAUGCUUGCACUGCUGUAUGACUUCUUGUGUGCUACUCUGCUCAAGAGCUGACAGAACUCUGAGCUUAUGGAAAUUAAACACUUUUAUUAAGGAGAAAAAAAUAAUAAAAUAUUUGGUGCUUAAUUUAAGGAAUUAAAGAUUAUUCUUGUGCCUGGACUUGGUGUUACCUGUUUUCCCCUGCCCUAAAGGCAGAGCUCUAUGGGAAGCCCUGAGGAUCUUGGAGGGGCUUCUUCCAGCCUGGGUGAGAAACUCUCUCAGAGCUUGACUUAAAGUUUUGGGAGACUCCUGACCAGGUUAUGGCAUGUGGAUCUCUGCUCACUGAGUAAUAGGGACAGCAUUUUUGGUGCUUGCAUGAAUGCUGGUUGCAGAGAUGCUGUCUGCUAAAAGCACCACCACCAGAUAAAUCCUCCCUGUUGGGUGUAAAGCUUGUAGCUGGAAGCUUGCAACUUAUCUAUUUAUCUAGUUUAGGACUUUCAAAACGGGAAUUGCUUUCUCCCGCUCAAGGUGUUCAAAUGGUGUGGUGGCGAAUGCCCCACUGGAGGGCACUGUUUGCCACCAAAAACGCACAAGGACUGUUACUGCGAGAGCUGUGCCGGCCUGGGCAGGGGCUGCCAGAUGUGAGGCGCAGCUGCAGCUGGGGCUCCGGUACUGAACCGGGACCGCUUAUUGCAGCUCAUGGAUAGUCUCUGGUUGACCAGCUCUGGCCAAGAUAUGCCGUGGCGGGACGGGUCGAAUGAAGCAGCUUGCAUGGCUAUGUUCCUAGUUCAAUAUUUCCUCUCUAGCGUGAGCUGAAAAGGGGCUGGAAAAGGCCCUUCCUGCAGG